UUGAAGCACAAUCCGCGCAAAAAAAUGUCCCCAAAACCACUGAGCCCAAACCUACUGCAGUCGGGUUCUCUUUGUAGCCCAAUUUCAAAUACUCUUUUCAAGGUUUCUCCUUUCUCUCCUCUCCAUUUCUUCCUCAGGCGACAUCCAGUUGGAUAAAGGACUAUGGCAUUAACUUACUUCAGAUCAUUAAGAAGCAUUAACCUUCCGAAGGAGGUUAUUCAAAUAGGAGGCUGCAGAACAUUUGCUGUUGGUGGUAAAAAGAAGGGUGGAAAAGGUGGUGCAGCUGGAGAUGGUCCAAAAGCGUCGACAAUUAGCAAGGAAGUCAAGGCCAGUACAGUAGUUGGGGCGAAUAUUCUCAAGGAUGGAGCAGAUCCAAAAGUGUUGCCCGAUUCAGAAUACCCUGAUUGGCUGUGGCACCUGCUGGAUAAACGCCCGGCACUUAGUGAACUAAAAAGGAAAAACCUCGAGUCUCUCCCUUACGAUGACCUCAAACGUUUUGUCAAGUUGGAUACCCGAGCUAGGAUCAAGGAGAACAAUUCUGUUAGGGCCAAGAACUGAGAUUUCCGCCUGAAGUUGAGUAGACUCCAAUGCUCAGUAGUAGGCUUUUUACCUGAAACUAUUAGUUGGUCUGUUGUGAUUUUAGACAUUAUUUAGGAUUUAGCAGUAGCUUUAAUUUUGUGUACUACCUUUUUCUUGAUUUCCUUAAGUUCCUGUUACUAUUCUGAACAUGAUUGAGCUCUUGGUUAAAAUAAUUUUGAUAUUUUUGGCGGAA